AUGUCACGAAGUAAUUCUGAUGACUUCUUUGGCAUUGAAGUCGACUCAGUUUAUCAUGAGAAGAAUACGCCCAAUAAGGAGAAGGUAGAAGCUGCAGCCAAAGUAACAGGGACAGACUUUCUCGAAGAUGCACUAUGUCCUGGCCUCAGGGAAAAAGCCGAGCAGUUUGAGAGAGCACGCGGACUUAGUGUUGAUGAAGUUAAUACGUACGACGAUUCAGCUGAACGACUCGGCCAUUCAUCAAAGACACAAGGAGAUAUAUUGUGGCCGUAUGAGCAAAAUACAAAGUCUCCAAGAGAACCAACGAUUGAUGAUGAAAGGUUUCUUCCAUCAACCAACUCUGAUGAAAUUCAGGCGAACAACCAAAGAAAAUCUAAACGUAUCAAAGAUGAGAAAAGUUCGGCGCUUACGAAUGAAAUGAAGAUUGCUUUAUAUGAUGAUGAAGCAUUGCCCGGAUUAGACGAGUUAUGGAAUAACUUCUUGGACUUACGAAAUGUGAAUGAGGAUCAGCUCUUAAGCAUCUUAUCUCAAACAGUCAUUUAUGCCGAUAACAACUUGAUAGCAUUUGAAAAGCCUUAUGGAUUACCAUAUUCGGGUUCACGUAGGAAUGAUGCUUUGCAGUUUGAUAGGCUUCUACAACGUUUGAAAGCUCUAGUCGCUCCUAAAGUCGAACGACUCUAUUUGAUCAAAUCGUUGGACAAAGCUCAGUCAGGAAUUUUAUUAUUUGGAACAAGUAAAAUGAUACAGAAUGACGUAAAGGAAAUGAUAAACUCAGACUUAGUCGAACAGAAAUACAGGUGUAUAGUCCGGGGCGCUCUUGAUGAAUCUUCGGUUGACGUAACGAUUCCUCUUAUACGAAUGAUCAGAAAUGGAGAUUUAAAACUACAGCCACUCGUAUCAAACAAAGCCAAAUAUCCCAUUGAAUACGUGAAAAGUAAUGUUCAGGAGGUGAACUCAACUUCUUUCGUGUCUGAUGUCGAAGUGACUGUGGAACGCGAUUGCCCUCAUCAAAUAAGAUCACAUUUAUCAUUGAUAGGAUGUCCUCUGAUUGGAGAUCACAAGUACGGCUCUGCUAGUGGAACUAUGAGAUAUCAAUCAAACAUUUUGAAGUUACUAAACAUCAGCAAGAGUCAAUCAAAGAAACUCCCCAUGUUCUGUCAUUUCAAAGAGAUGAACUUACCGCCACUAUCAGGCAGUAAUCCAAUAAAGAUUUCGAGUCCAAUGCCAUAUCACUAUCGUUGGAUGUUAAAACGGCUUCGUUUAUUGAAAUUAUAG